UCCAAUGUAGAGGGGAGUGACUAGUGGAACUACAGCUACACCCUGACUGCCACCCCAAGGAAUAACAGACUGUGGAGUUUUCUUUUCCUUAUCAACUGGAGAGGGAAAUCUAGCACUAGACUGUCAGAGUGAAACUUUAUUCCCCUCUGCUUUCUCUUUCACUCACUCCCUCACUCUGUGUCUCUCUGGCUGGAGCAGGGGGCAGGUGGUCACUGUGUGAGCUUGUACAGUACACCGGAAAGAGAGUGAGAGGAAGAGAGUGAAGGAGAAGGAAGGCGUGUGAGACAGAGAGAGGAAGAGAGAGAGAGCAGAGACUGGACGGGACGGGUCAGACAUGCUUCGCUAUGGCUCGUCAAGAGCGGUCACCAGCACCACCACCGAUGACUCUCCGGAUCUUUCCAGUGAGAGGAUGAUUCGGCGUCUCAGACUAACACUGCAUUCUGGGGAAAAUGGACAGAAGGAGACCAUGAGCACCCACUCUGACUCUAAUCAGGAAGUAGGAGGAGAGAAGGAAAAAGUUGUCAAUGGGACACGAAAGAAGAAUGGCUUGAUCCAGAGAGAGAGACCGGCGGGCAGGGAGUCACCUGAACAGCACCUCGCAGCGGUGACCAAUGGGGUGCAAGAGACGCCGCAGCAGCCAGGGCCCAAGGUGUACGGAGUGGUGCAGAGGACAGGCUCCGACAAACAACAGGAAGUGAUGGCGUGCGAGUGGUCUGUCAAUCACCUGAGGGAUGAGAUGAGAUACAUCAAGGAGGUGAGAGACUCCUUGGAGAAGGUCAGAGAGCGGAUGUAUGGCCAGUUUGGAGGAAUGCAACAGUCAAUGGAGAAACUAUCUCAAGAAAUCAGGUCGGCAAACUCCCAGAGGCGGAGUCUGGAGGCCGAGGUGAGGGUGAGAACAGCAGCUAUGGAGACAUUCGACCAGAUGAACAGCUCCCUCAUAUCCUCCAACAUCGAUCUGCAGGUUCCUUUGCAGAAAUCCAUCCUGGAGAACUGCCAGAACCGUGUAGACAAGCGGGAUGAGGUGAGGAACCUGCGCAGCUCCUGUGAGAAGGCUGAGGAAAAGCUGAGAGAGAAGGAAAGACAGCUGGUGGCUACAGAGGCUGAGAACCGCACGCUUAAACUACAGGUGGAGACGUCCCAGCAGACCAGCAGCCAGGCCCUGCAAGAUGUGACAGCCAGGCUGCAGAAGCAGCACGAGGAGAGACUGAGGGAGGAGCAGAGAAAACACAGAGAGGAGAUUGAGAACCUUCAGGCCCAAAUUGAUGAGUACGUGAAGCGACUGGAGGAGGCCGAGAGGAAUGCGAAGAUCUUAGAGGCCAAGAUUGCUGAGAGAGACCAGAGGAUUAGUGAGGUUGAGCGCCUGCUGGACUGCAUGGGACAGGAAAAGGGCCAUCUUCAGAUGAAACUGCAGGAGUGUGAACAACGUCUUCACUCGCUGGAACUCACAGACAAAACAAAUUCAUCAGCUUCCAAGAGGUCUCAGAAGCUUGAAGAAGAGGCAUCAGAGCUCAAGGAGAGGAUAAAGCACUUGAACGACAUGGUCUUCUGCCAGCAGAGGAAGGUCAAAGGCAUGAUAGAGGAGGUUGAAUCGUUACGAGCUAAAGUGGCACAGAAGGACAUGUUCAUCUCAGAGCUUUUGGACAGAAUCGCUAUUGUGGAGUGUGAGAAUAAUGAGUUAGAAGACAACUUGAAGUAUUUUAUGUCUGUGCAGAGUGCUCCAAAAGAAGUAGUGCAAACCAGAGAGAUAGGAGUGGGCUGCAAUCUGCCCCCCAGACCUGAGGCGAUGAGGGUGGAUGAUGAGCCUGAUUUCCAGCCCCCCCAUGUUUACCCGGAAUUCCUGCCCUCCCCAGCCCAAUUCCAACCCAGGCAUAGACCAGCUCAGCCUUCAUCAAUCAAGCUCCAUUCCAGAACACACCAGCCAGGUCCUCUGCCACCCAGCAGACUGCAGUCUAGUUUACUGAGGUAUUCUCCUUGUGAGUACAGCCGGUCCCUGCAGUCCAGUCCUCCAAGGUCCCGUGGAACUCUGACAAGUCCAAUGCUGUCCGAAUCUGCCACUCUGAGCCCAGUGCAGUCGGGCCCCGACCAAGACAUCUCAGUACAAACCUCAGACACGGCCUCCAGUGAGGAGAAGCCUACUUCAGGCCCACCCUGCUCUCCAGCAAGAUCCAGUCGUAUCUACACUCCUUUCAUGAGACUUAUGGAGAUAACAGCAAAGAUUAAUAUAGAGUAGCUAAUCAUACAGUAUUGUUUGAUAUCUGGGGUGGAACACAGUUUGCACUGCUUUGUAAAUCACGAUGGGAGUAUUCUGUAUAGGCUGUAAAUAGUGAAAAUCUAUUGACAGUGAAUGUACUUUCAUGUUUGUAAAGGUUUAUAUUUAUACUGCGUCUUUUUCUGCAAUUUUUCUCAAAACAUAAUUAUUAUUUUCUUAAUCCCUCAUAUAUGUACACUAAAUAUUUAUGAAAUAUACAGUAUGUUGUGCCUUUGUUAAAAGCUUGCUUAAUGAUACCCAACAUUGGUUGUGGGAAUCUCUUACUUUUUCCUGCAAAAUGAAUAUUACCUAAGUUAAUAUGGGUGGAUAGGCCUACAAAAGGACUACCUAUGUCUUUAAGGAACUGCCAUUCCUGAGCCAAUUAAUUGCAUAAAGUCUAACGAAAUUAGUAGAUUUUGUCUACACUGCCAGGACUGUGUUGAAGAGGUGUUGAUGAACCAAGAAGCUAGAGGUCUAUGAUGUGCCUUUCUGAAUGAGACAUAUCCAGUGAAUUGUUUAAAUCAGUGUACUUGAAAAACCUAAUAAAACU